CAGCGGCGAACAUGGCCACUACCACGAACGGUGCGCGGAAGGAAGAAAGCACUCUGCGGAAAAGACGGGUGGAAUCGGUCAAACCCGUCACACCGUCCUCUGACGAUACCGAUGGGACAGUCAGCGAAGAAGUGCAAACUAAAUAUGAUAAGGGUGGUGCAGUUCAUUUACACACUGGGACUUUCUGGCUCACACGAAUUGUGCUGCUGCGGUCCAUUGCCUUUAUUUACUUUGUGGCGUUCACCGUGGCGUACAACCAGAACAAGCAGCUGAUUGGAGACCGCGGGCUGAUGCCCUGCGCUGAGUACCUGCGCAGCGUCAAGCGGUACGUCGGGGGCAAGAUCGGCUGGGCUGCCCUCUCCUACACCCCCUCCCUGCUCUGGUUCCUGGACUGGACCCACAUGGACGCUAACCUGGACGGGCUGUCCCUGCUGGGGCUGCUGCUGUCGGGUUUCGUGCUGCUGGCGGGGAGGGCCAACAUGCUGAUCAUGGCCCUGCUCUGGCUGCUCUACCACUCCCUGGUGAGCGUGGGCCAGCUCUGGUAUUCUUUUGGCUGGGAGAGUCAGCUCCUGGAGACGGGCUUCCUGGCCAUCUUCCUGUGCCCCCUGUGGAGCCUGGCACAGGUGCCUGAACGCUGCCCCCCCUCCCUCAUCUCCAUCUGGACCUUCCGUUGGCUCAUCGUGCGCAUCAUGCUGGGGGCUGGCCUGAUAAAGAUCAGAGGAGACCGCUGCUGGAGAGAUCUGACCUGUAUGGACUACCACUACGAGACUCAGCCGGUGCCGAACCCCAUGUCUUACUACAUGCACCGCUCCCCCUGGUGGUUCCAUCGUUUCGAGACGCUCAGCAACCACUUCAUCGAGCUCAUCGUGCCGUUCUUCACCUUCCUGGGCCGCCGCAUGUGCAUGGUCAAUGGCGCGCUACAGAUCCUCUUCCAGGCGACGCUGAUUGUGAGUGGGAACCUGAGUUUUCUGAAUUGGCUGACCAUCGUCCCCAGUCUGGCCUGCUUCGAUGACAAAGCCCUCGGCUUCCUGUUCCCAUCCUCAGAAGGCGGGGCCAAGCAGCUUGUGAGCAAGAUCCAGAGGGAGGAGGCGGCCGGACACACCCCUUUGCAAAGCCGAGGUAUGCUGGUGCGUCGGCUGGUGAACGUGGCUCUGGCUGUUCUGAUUGGUUACUUGAGUGUUCCUGUGGUGUUGAACUUGCUCAGUUCAAGACAGGUGAUGAACACCUCCUUUGACCCUCUCCGCAUCGUCAACACCUACGGGGCCUUCGGCAGUGUCACUAAGGAGCGGACGGAGGUGGUGUUUCAGGGAACGCUGAGCAGUGACCCCCAAGACCCGGGGGCGGUGUGGGAGGAGUACCAGUUCAUGUGCAAACCUGGCGACAUCACGCGCAGACCCUGCCUCAUCUCCCCCUACCACUACCGGCUCGACUGGCUCAUGUGGUUUGCAGCCUUCCAGACGUAUGAGCAGAAUGAGUGGGUGAUUCAGAUUGCAGGGAGGCUUCUGGCCAAUGACAGCACUGUCCUCUCACUCAUCCAGCACAACCCCUUCCAGGGCAGGGAGAACCCGCGGUGGAUUCGGGGGGAGCACUUUAGGUACCGGUUCAGUGACCCGUGGGGUCAGAGUGCAGCACAAGGGAAGUGGUGGAUCCGCAAGCGUCUGGGUGCUUACUUCCCGCCGCUGGACUUGGCGGGUCUCAGAAAGUACUUUCAGUCUCGAGGCUGGCCCCACCCAGACAUCUACUGAGCUCAGAUCCCAGUGAUGACUCCAGAGACUCCUUCUCCUCGGAAUUGACUCCACGCUCUCCCACAGGACUCCACGCUUUCCCGCAGGACCCCACGCUCUCCCGCAGGACCCCACGCUCUCCCGCAGGACCACGCUCUCCCGCAGGACCCCACGCUCUCCCGCAGGACUCCACGCUCUCCCGCAGGACUCCACGCUCUCCCGCAGGACCCCACGCUCUCCCGCAGGACUCCACACUCUCCCGCAGGACCACACGCUCUUCCGCAGGACUCCACGCUCUCCCGCAGGACCCCACGCUCUCCCGCAGGACCCCACGCUCUCCCGCAGGACUCCACGCUCUCCCGCAGGACUCCACGCUCUCCCGCAGGACCCCACGCUCUCCCGCAGGACUCCAUGCUCUCCCGAUUCUGCAAAAGCUUCUAUUUCUGCUUUACACAGUCCCUGCAGACUCUGCUCUCCGUCCCAGCUUUCGUGAAUAUUCAGGUGUAGGCCAGCAGGUGUAGGAAAUUUCAGUCAGUGGAAGCUGAGCUUACCAUGAUGAGCACCUCCCUCCAGACCCUGUUGAACAGUUCAGGAACUUUACUGUAAAGUACAGAUACACAGUGUUUUCUUUACUGUAAAAUACAAAUGUAUGCUGGUUUUUUUU